AUGGAGAACAGGAAGAAAAUGCUGGUAGAAGCCCCUGAUAGUGUCAACCCCAAGAGCAGGAAAUGCGGAGAGACUCCUCCCCUUUCUGCCAAGCGAGAGAGCUGGCCUCACAUGACCCCUUUGCCCCCAUCCCUGCACAAGCAGCUCUUACAGAAGAGUCUCAAGGAGGAGAAAUGGGCCUUGCAAGAAGAAAUCAAGAAGUUCUGGGAAAAACGCAGGGCCCUGCGUGUGGAAAUCAAAGCUUUCCGGGAGAAUAACAAAACCAAGACCUUGUGGGAGGAUAUCCGCAACUAUAAACAGAGGAACAAGGGAUUCUUGGAGGAGAUCAAUAACUACUUGGAGGACCGAGGACUUUUCAUGUUGGAGAUCAACCACUUCCGAAGGAAAAAGCUGGACGUUCUGGAGAAGGUGAGUGACAUUCAAAAAAAGAUUGGGGCCUUCCAAGAGAAGAUUGAGGCCAUGGUGGAAGAGAUUGCUUCCUUUGAGGAGAGGACUGAAUCUUUACAAACUGUGGUGAAGGCCUUCCAGGUCAAGAACCAGGAGUUCCGGGAAACCAACAAGGCCAUGCAAGAGAGGAACAAAUCACUGCAGGAGAAGAUGGAAGCCCUCGAGCAGAAGAACGUGGUCUACUGGAAGGAAUGCAAGGCCUUCUGGAAGAAGGACAAGGUCUUCUGGGAAGAGGGCGUGGCCAUCUCCAGAGACAUGAUGGUCCUCUGUGAGGAAUACAUUGCUUUGAACGACGUCCAUAAAGAAAUGGCAGGGAUGCGGAACAUGAUAAAAGUUCUCUGUGAUGCCGUGCAUUCCAUAUGUAAGGACAUCAGCGGGUUUCUGGAAAAAGAGUUACGGGACAUCACAGGUGGCACGGUUGGGAAUGGAGCUGGGGGAGAUCACACGACACCCCACCUGGGGAGCUGA